AUGCAUGGUGCGCCUGGACAACUAGACGCCAACAAUAUGCGAGACUUUGUUCAGAAGAACUCUUUAGAGCGAGUCGCUCACGAGAAAAGGACAAAGUCGAUAGAACACCAAAAGAAAGCAUUCGUGAGACAGUACUCCAAGGAUGAACAGGAGGUCAAGGACAUUCUUCAACGACUUCACGUGGAACAGCAGAUAUAUGACGUAGAUUAUAUACAACUAGAUGCAGUGAAAGGUGACCUGGAGAAGGAGGGUGAUGACCAAGAAGAAGAGGAGGUUUUUGUUAACCCCUACCCAAUCACAAUCAUACCCAAAUAUGGACAGACGCCUGUGAAACAGGGAACCACUAUCAAGAAAAACAAUGGUGAAACGGAAAUACUACGACAUCGGUGUGGUCGGAGGAAAUCACUCGAAUUUGAAGAUAUUCCACCACCAGGAUGUGCCAAACAGGUUCAGCACGGUCGCUCUUCUGUAACGGCCAUAUCACCGGCCACUGGAAGAACUAGAAAACUUUCGAGCACUUCUGAUCAACCGGACUUAGCAGACAUUUGGGCAGGUGAUCCUGAGUUUAUAUCAUCCGUUCGUAGACCUCGGAAAACAUCCUCUGACAUCAAUCACCGAAAGUUACUUCAGCGAGCCAUGAGUGAUGUGUGGGUACAGUCCAAUGCAGAAAGUUUGUCGAGAUUGUCCGUUUUUGCAAGAAAAUGCAGUGCGGAUGAUUUACACAAAGACAUGUCAUUGACAAUGCCCUCUAAGAAAGAACGCGAAAAGAUCGCUACCUCAUCGAAAACAAGCUAUGAUGAGGGUUACAGAAAUACCGGCGCACAAGACGGAACUGUUACUACAUCGCCUGAACGUGAACGGAAGUCAAGUGUAAACAAAGACACUUCAAACGUAAAAGAUGAACUUAAAAGUACUCCUUCAGACAACAAAAGUACUCUUAUUAGAUCAGGAAAGAAAUCAUCUUUCAGGAAAUCGAGCAAACCAGAGAGCGAAAUGAAAGCUAUGGAGACGAAUGACGUCAUUGAUGCAGAAGGAAAGGAGAAUGAUGUAAACAGCUGCGGGAAAUCUUUAUCGGAGAGCGGAAACUCAAGGAUGCGUAAAAUAGGGAGAACUGAAAACGUCUAUCCUACCAUUGAUCUGGCUGAAGGAAAUCCCGAUCAGAGUGCAGGGCCACAGACGAGGAAACGAUUACUGAAGAAAAAACGGUCAAUGCCAGAGAUGAAAGUAGGGUCGCCAUCAACCACCUCACUGGAGGAAUCGUCGACAGACACUAAACCGAGGGCGAGACAUGGGUCAUUGAAAGAAAAAAACAAAGAAAAAACUGAAGUGAAAUCGAGGCCACGAAAUGGUUCCUUUCAUUAG